CUCACUUUCAUCCGCAUUGGUCUUCUUUUCUGUUUAUCCUGCAACUCUCAUCUGGCCAAUCAAAGUCUUACCAACUCUACAUCAGUGGCUAAAAUACCCAAAAUGUCCAGAAUAUUGGGUGGAAACGUGUAUGGAUCCUUUGGAGUGACAGUCUUUCCAUGAGUUGGCUUCGGUGACUAUAUUGGCGGCACAACUACCGGUUGACCUGCAAAAGGGAGCUAUCUCAGACAUCUCUGUUCGCUUGUCGAACAUGAGUUUCUGGGUCUUGACCGAUUCCAAAGGGCCAACAUGUCAGAUGAUCCUGAAAAGGAAGAAGCAUACUGCAACAAAAUGGGAUUCUUGGGAGCCAAAUGGUAUAGUAAUCCUUGGCAGGAAAUUCUUGACGAGACAGCGGAGAAAGAUCUUGACUCACCCCGCCUAUUCGCGGGCGUCCCAGCUGAUGGUGGUGUCUGGGUCAUAUACACAACAUUUUCACGGUCCCGAAGGGAAGGCCUUGGAAGAAUCGGCAAUGCAUUGGCGAUGGAAGAGCGCUGUGACAAGAUCAAAGAAUUUGGUAGCACCUUUUAUGAAGAUCCCAAAGACUGUCCCCACCUUGACCUCGAUGGCUCCAGAGAUGGGGAAGGGGACCAGCUUGAAGAUACUUUUGCAUGUGGAGAGGAUUGAACCUUAUCAGCGAGUGUCCAUGACCAACCCCAUAUUAGCUACAAAAGGCUUGAUAUUU